AUGCGGAAGGAGGAGAACAUCCUGGUGGCGAUCCGGGUGCGCCCCCUCAACGCCCGGGAGUAGCUGCAGGGCGAGUUCGAGGUGGUGCGCGUCCAGGACAACCUCAUCGUACCCCCCUCACCAGGUGGUCCUCGACCCCGUCGAAAUGGAAGUUCUAGGCCGAGCACAAGAAAAAUGCUCGAUGUCUACCACCGCUCCAAAGAGCAGCGCUACACCUUUUGACCGCGUCUUCAAGGACCACUCCCAAGAGAGAUCUUCGAGCAGACCUGCAAGCCCCUCAUCCGUACCGCCCUGUCCGGCUGCAACGCCACCGUCUUCGUCUACGGGCCCACCGGGGCAGAAACCUACACCAUGCUCGGCAGCCAGGAAGUCCUCGGGCUCAGCGUGCUCACCGUCCGAGAGAUGUUCGAGACCAUCGACCAGGACUACGAAAACAACUACGACAUCAUCAUCACCUAUGUCGAAAUCUAUAACGAGGCCAUCCGUGACCUCCUGGUCCCGAACUCCAGCUACCUCGAGCUCCGUGAUGACCCUGAGAAGGGCAUCGUCAUCGCUGGGGUCACUGAGUUCAGGGCUGAGUCCACUGAGCAGGUCAUGAACUUGCUGUUCGCGGGGCAACAAGCGCAGGACCACGGAAGCUACCAACGCCAACCAGACCUCUUCCCGCAGCCAUGCCGUCUUCCAAAUGUAUCAACCGCAACCCCCCGCGCCCGGGGCCCCGAGUUCGAGACCCACCUGGGCAAGCUGUCCCUGAUCGACCUAGCGGGGUCGGAGCGAGGGACAGUCACCGAGAACCGAGGGAUCCGGCUGAUGGAAGGGCGCGAAAAUCAACCGUAAGUCUGCUGGCCCUCGCGAAAUUGCAUUAACGCGCUAGGACAAAUCGAAAAAGGGUAUUUCGUGCCCUACCGGGACUCGAAGCUCACUCGCCUGCUAAAGGACAGCCUGGGCGGGAACUGCAGGACCAUCAUGAUCGCGAACGUGAGCCCCGCGUCCAGCCAGUUCGAGGAGACCAUAAACACUCUGAAGUACGCGAACCGUGCCAAGAACAUCAAGACCAAGCAGGUGCCUAACAAGAAGAUGGUGCACCUUCACAUCUCGGAAUACAAGAACAUCAUCAACGACCUGCGCUCUGAGAUCGAGAACCUCAAGAUGCGGCUGCAUGAAAGGGCGCCCGAGCCUGAGGAAGAGCCCAGGCCUCUCCCCAGAAAGGGGGAGGCCACCUGCUCCUGCGGGCGGGUGGAAGAUCUCGACGAAAUGAAGCGCAUCCAGGAGGACAUCUUCGAGAACUUCCAGGACCGCAUCCAGCUGCGGCGGGCCCUCAUGGAGCACGUGGCAGUGCUGAAGUCGAACACCAGCAAGAACAUCCUGAAGAAGGAGUACAUGAACCUGCAGCUGAUGGAGAAUAUCACAAACCAGAAGAUCCGGGACGAAAUCCCGAAGCGGAUAAAGUACAAGGACCGCCGGGACUUCCUGGAGCUGCUCAUCAAGAACCACAUCCUCGAGCUGCAGAACAUCGAGCUCGAGAUCAAUAUCUCCAUCCAGGAGAAGUCCAUCGGCGACUUGAAGACCAUCAUCGGCUCGCAGCGCAAGAUGCUUGCUGACCAGGGCCUCGACAGCUUCGAGGAGCACGCCAUCCUCCCCGACGAGGACUUCGACGAGCUCAACCUCGAGACCGAGGAGGCCGACAUCCCAGCGAUGACGAGCCUGACUUCUUCGACUAAAGCCUCACCCCCAAGAACGACCUGGUCUUCGAAAAGCCACCCACCCGAGUGCUGGUCCCGCGAAAAGAGUGCCAGCGGGAUCAAAGCCCGCAAAGCGAGAGCCUGUCGAGGAGGGACUCCGAGGAGGACGACAAGCGCACCCGCCGCGAGGACAAGAAGCGCGGGGGAGUUCUCGAUCAACGGCCAGCAGCUCAUCAAGCCUGCCAAGAGGAGCCUGCGCGAUAGAGAGGAGCCGAAGGAGAAGGACCGGGAGCGGGGAGCUUCUGACAGCGGCCUCUCGUUGACCACCUGCCCUUCGGACAGGGCGAUCACCUCAUCGGCCAGCCGGACUGCGCUCGUGGUGAACCUCAUCAGCUCACUGAGGAAAGGCUAG